AAUGUUUAUUGUCAUUUCUUUUGUAUAUAGGACAGCCAGUUUUUGUAGCUGACAACAAGAAAAUCCAAUAUGGAGAAAUUGGAAAACCAAUGGAUAUAAUAGUUAAAAUUUACAGUACGUCAGAAAUCAAAUGUCUUCAUUUGAACAUAUUGAAUGCAAUUGGAAGUCUCAAUAUAAAGGAUAUAUCAAAGAAAAGUGUUCCAGUGAGGAUGAAUUUCCAUGGUGUCAAUAUAACAGCAAACGGUAUAGAAGUAACGUUUCGUCUUGUCAAACUGCAGAGCUUCCAAUGGUUUAAUAUCACAGUGUGCAAUAAAUUUUCAAUGAACAGUUUUAUUUUAGAAAUAAGAAAACGUGCUAAAUCAGAAGAAAAAGCAAUAUCUUCCGAAGGCAUUGGCAUCAUAGUAUUACUCAUCCUCAUUGUAGUCCUACUGCUUGUAAUGGGAAUAUAUUUGCGGUACAUUAAACAAAGAUACAGAAAAAGGAUGAUAACUACACGAAAUGAUCAAACAGCUGAAAGAAAUAGUGAUGACAGUGCCCAUUAUAUCGAGAUUGUUGAAGAUAACUUCGUACUAGCCACAUUACCCGAACAUAACAACCAGAUGAUUUCAACAGACUCCAGAUUAGUUGUUGAAAAUAGGAACAUAUCUAUCGUGUCUGAAGAACAGUAUUUGGCAUUGUCGAACAAUGACACCGAUACUUCAGAACAUACAGUAGCAUCAUCGGACAAUGAAAGUAUUGCUUCAGAAGAUUUGGACGAUGGAUAUGAACGGCCAUACACGACCCUGGUGGCACAUAACUAUGUUGAAGAUGAACAUGGUUACAGCAGUACAAAAACGAGUUCAAUCUAUGAUAAUUCUUCUUCUUUACAGAACACCACUUGUAGACCUUGCUUUCCGUUCACCGAACAAGAUCCUUCACAGGAUAAUAAAAACACACAUUUCUUUGCAGAUAACGGUCAUGAAAAUACAAAACGAAAUACUGGAGAAUACAUUAACUUGUCCCUUAAACAAUGAUACUGUAAAAAUGAAUUUGAUUGUCAAUUUCUGUUGAAUUACAGUAUGACACACGAUUGCAUACUUUAAUUUUGGCACUGACCUUGAAAUCCAAUGCAAUAAUAAUUAUAACAUAGAUUUCAGUGAAUUCCUUAUAUUAGAUUGCAUAAUUGAUGAUUGAAUUGCAAUCACUCAUCCAUCAUCAUUAUCUUACUUUUCAAAAAUCCACAAAACGACAUUCCACAACGCAGCACACAUACAACUAAAUAUUAAGGCACUAUCAUAAGAGAAACAACCGAGGCGAACAUUGUUUGUUCAUCACAUGUACAAAUUUGAUGGUCGGUCGAGUUCAUUGAUGUAUUAAAAAAUAAAAAAG